AUGCUACUCUCUUCCUCUUGUUCUUCUGCUGCUGCCUCCACCGGCUCCGACGAUCUUCUCCUCCUCUGCGGCGAGGACGCCGGUUCUCUCUCCGACGAUGAAGGUGACGAACCCCGACGCCGAUUAGUCUGCAGAUUGCAGGAAGAGGAAGAAGAAGAAGAGGAAAUGAUGGCGCGGUAUUUGAAGGCGGAGGGGGACUAUUCUCCGAGUCUGGGGCACCGUGGAAGAUUCCUAGCCGUCUAUGGCUCCGUUGACCCAACAGCCCGCCGCAGCUCCGUCGUCUGGAUCAUCAAGGUGGGAGAGCUCUACCGCUUCCGGCCGCCGACGAUGUACCUCGCGGUCAACUACAUGGACCGCUUUCUAUCCCGCCAUUCUCUCCCUGUAAGCACCGCCGUCUCCAGCAUCACCUUCUCCGCCGUCUGACGGAGCUCAUUAAUGACGCCUCCUUCUUUCCACAGUCUUCUGCCUCUCCCAAGGAGUCUAUCGUAUAGAGAUAUAAUUUAUCUCCUCUUUAUUUUUAUUUGAUUCAUUCUGACCGCCACACACGGGUUCCCCCUCUUUCUUGUCUCUCUAUCUCUCCCUCUAUCUUUUCCCUCUACCCUCUUCUAAUCACUGACGAGCUAAGCGGAAUGUGACAGCAACAGCAGCAAUCUGGGGGGUGGCCUGUGCAGCUCACGUCGGUGGCCUGUCUCUCCCUCGCAGCAAAGAUGGAGGAGUCCCUCAUCCCCUCCCUCCUCGAUCUCCAGGUUCAUUCACACUCCAUUCUCUCUCUAAUUCUCUCUCUCUCUCUCUCGCUAGAUUCACAGUGGGAUUUGCUAGCAGGUGGAGGAAGGGAGAUUCGUAUUCGAGCCGAGGACGGUGCAGAGGAUGGAGCUCCUGGUGCUGGAUGCCCUUAACUGGCGGCUCCGCUACGUCACCCCCUUCGACUUCGUCGGCUUCUUCGCAUGGAGGGCCGACCCCACCCGGGCCCACACCAGAUCCCUUGUCUCCCGCGCCACCCACCUCAUCCUGGAAACCCUCCAAGGUACCGAUACCGCACACCUUCCCCCUCUCUGCUAUGAUCUCUCUCGUCUUCUACCGAUCUCAUUCUCAUCUCUCUCUCUUUCUCCCUCUCUCUCUCUCUCACUCUCACUCUCCCUCUCUCUCUCGUUCUCUUCAGAUAUAGACUUCUUGGGUCACUGCCCUUCAGCCACAUCAGCCGCAGCUAUCAUCUGCGCCGCAAGCGAGGGUGCUUCUCUGCCGCCGAUCACCCCCGAAUCGGCUUCGUUAUGGUGUACUGGAUUGACUUCGGUAAGCUCCGAACAAAAAGCUCGAUGAAUUAAGAAUUGUAUGCCAGUUUGGUUGAUGCAGUUCUGAGUGCUUUCCUCAGGAGGGCAUCAAGAGUUGCUACCAGCUGAUGAGACGGCUCGUCGUUGAUGGUGGCUGGGAGAAGCGGCGGCGGAACAGCCCACCGCCGAAAAUAGAGACGUCGCUCAGCAUGGACUCCGACGGCCCCCCGCCGUCAACCUCCUCCUCUCCGUCGAAUAAGCGGAGGAAGCUCAGCGACUGCCGCUGGGUGGACGACAGCGGGGAGAGAGAGAGAGAGAGAGAGGGAGACCCAUGA